AGGAGCUAAAAUUUCUCUCGUUUCUUUCGUGUGACUCCUAUAAAAAAAAUCCAACCAAAAUUUUCGAUCUCGACGACGAGGAUGAACAAGAAGAACCCAGAUCAGAAAUCAGAAAUGUCGUCUUCUUCAUCAUCUCCGAAGAAACAAACGCUCUUCAUAUCAUCCUUAAUCAUCCUCUGGUACACCUCCAACAUCGGUGUUCUUCUCCUCAACAAGUUCCUCCUCUCCAAUUACGGGUUCAAAUUCCCGAUUUUUCUCACAAUGUGUCACAUGUCCGCGUGCGCAAUCCUCAGCUACGUCUCCAUCGUCUUCCUCAAGCUCGUCCCUCUCCAAUACCUCAAAUCUCGCACUCAGUUCAUGAAAGUAGCGACUCUCAGCAUCGUCUUUUGUGCCUCCGUCGUCGGCGGCAACGUCUCCCUCCGUUAUCUUCCCGUCUCGUUUAAUCAAGCCGUCGGUGCUACGACGCCGUUUUUCACCGCGCUAUUCGCUUAUCUCAUGACCUUUAAGAGAGAAGCUUGGGUCACUUAUUGUGCUCUCGUCCCCGUCGUUACCGGUGUCGUUAUCGCCAGUGGGGGUGAGCCAGGUUUUCACUGGUUUGGAUUCAUUAUGUGCAUUAGUGCUACUGCAGCAAGAGCUUUUAAAUCUGUUCUUCAAGGCAUCUUACUUUCUUCGGAGGGAGAAAAGUUGAAUUCAAUGAAUUUGAUGCUGUACAUGUCCCCAAUAGCGGUUAUAGCUCUUCUACCUGUCACAAUUGUUAUGGAACCAGAUGUGAUGAGUGUGACUCUAUCCCUCGGAAGACAACAUAAGUACAUGUGGAUACUUCUUCUGCUUAACUCUGUAAUGGCUUAUUCAGCCAAUUUGUUAAACUUUCUUGUAACCAAGCACACAAGCGCGCUUACCCUCCAGGUUCUUGGAAACGCUAAAGGAGCGGUUGCGGUUGUGAUCUCAAUCCUGCUAUUUCGAAACCCUGUCACGGUGAUGGGAAUUGGCGGGUACAGUAUAACCGUGCUCGGGGUGGUUGCUUAUGGAGAGACUAAACGCAGGUUUAGAUGAGCUCUGAGACUCCUUACCUUAUGUCUGUUUUACUUACUAUCUAAUGGCUCUGAGGAACUGAUGAAACUUUGACAUUAUAUACAGUACCUUUUAGAGAUUGAGAUUUUUCUCUUAAAUCAUUUUUUGUAUCUAAUUUAUGGACAUAUUUAUAUACCUAUAAAUAUAUGUAAGGUGAUAUA